AUUGAGUGUUCGUAAAUGCAAUGCUCCUUACUUCAUGAAGAUUUAAGGUUAAAUUAAUAUAGAUGGAGAAAUCUAUUUAAAAUUCCUUCACUGAGAUUGACGUUUCCCAUAUGGAUUCUUGAGGACUUUAAAUUUUGAUAAGAGAAAAAGUAUCGCAAAAGGUUUUUUAAAUAAAAUGGCACCGAAGCUUAAGAUAUCCUCAUCUGUCAUACAACGACUAGGGAAACUGAAAAAUCCAUCAACCUGUCGAUUAUAUGGUGUUAUUUUUGAUGAUUCACUGUUGGUUUUAUCAUUCUCACUUGAUGUAUCAAAUACUUAUAAUAGUAGAAUAUUUCAACUCAGCCUUCCUGCAGAAAUAUACCUUUGUGGAGUUUUAAUUGUUGAUGGAGAAGAAGAAGAUAUUUAUAAAGCCUUUAAGGAUGUAGAUGUUACGGAUAAUCCGCUACUUUUAAAAUAUUCAACCAAAAUCACUGAAUGUAACAUAGAGACAUUCUUUUACAUUCAUCAAAAACUUGAAAUUGCCUCUUUCGAGAUUCUAUCUGAAUAUGAUAUCUGGCAAAAAUUUACGUACAUUAGACUUGAGGCAAAUCUUUCGUUGAAUUCCCAGAGAUGGAAUAUCUUAGAAACGAUAGAAGAAGCUCGAAAAAAUAUAGCCGCAGGUAAGGCAGGAUUUUAUUUACCCAAAGGAAAUGUCUAUCUACUUGGAGAAGAUGCUGUUGACACUGGCAAUAGUGAACUCCUUAAUCUCUCUAUUAACUACGAAGGCAUAGGUCAUUCCAAACAUGAUGUAAAAACUCCUCCAAGAGUCGUGGAUGCUUUUUCGGUCUCAAUGUAUCUAAAAGUCUCAAAGGAUAGAUUAUCUGAUGAGGGAGUAAAGUAUGCUCCAGUGAUACAACAUGUAAAACGGGAAUUUGAUUGUCUGGAAUUUCAAGUAAAGAUUGAUGCCUUGGCUUUUGUCAGACGAGACAUUUUAACCACUACACUCUACUCAACUUUAGUUGAAUCAGCAUGUAGAAAUCUACGACUUCUUGAAAGAGCUGUACAGCAUGAGCUGUCUGUACAUAAGAUGGACUCAUUUAAAAUUCCAGAUAUCGUGCAUUUCAGACCCCAAAACAUAGGGCAUCUUUUAACUUUUAUUUUUCCCACCAAUGAGGAAACAGCGCUUGAAUUUCGACGAACUUUACACGACUUUCUGGCUCUGCCACGAAAUCAACCGUAUUUUCGGAAUGGAAAUAUCGUCAAAUUUCAAGGGGAUAUGCGAAAGAAUGAACCACUAAUCAAUCCUCACGAAUCAGUACCAUCACCCGGAAUAGAUGCAAAAGUGGCUUUAGUGGAUGGGCUCUAUGCCUAUUAUCAUUACAUGCAGGACAAUUUUGAUGAUAAUGGAUGGGGCUGUGCUUACAGAUCAUUACAAACAAUAAUUUCGUGGUUCAGACUCCAAGGAUAUACUGAAAAGUCUGUGCCGACACAUAAUACUAUUCAAAAGUGUCUAGUUGAUAUUGGGGAUAAGCCAUAUGAUUUUAUUGGCAGUAAGCAGUGGAUUGGGUCUAUGGAAGUGGGCUUUGUCUUAGAGACUCUUCUAGGUAUUACAAUAAAAAUUAACAGAGUAUCUGUAGGUGAAGAAAUGGCUUCUUUAGGACCAAUGCUAGAGUCGCAUUUUGCAACGCAAGGAACUCCAAUAAUGAUUGGAGGUGGUGUAUUGGCUCAUACGAUUCUCGGCGUAGCUUAUAACGAAACGACUGGUGAUAUAAAAUUCCUGAUUCUUGAUCCACAUUAUACUGGUGUAGAAAUUCUACCUACUAUACUGUCCAAAGGAUGGUGUGGAUGGAAGACUAAGGAUUUUUGGAAGAAGGAUGCUUUUUAUAAUUUAUGUCUACCACAGCGUCCUGUUUCGCGGAUUUAAACACGAAUUCUCCUUUUAUACAUGGUUAAUGAAACUGAUGUGUCUAAACAUAAUUGAGUUAUUUAUAUUUAAUUUUGGUAAUUUGUCAAAGGACUUGUGAAGUUUUUAGAUGUACAUCAUUACAGUUAUGCCAUUGGUAAAUAGAAUGUUGAUAUAUUUAUACAUAA